GGGCUCCGCCGGAAGGGGAGCGGGAGGCGAAGGCGGCCGCCCGCAUGGAGCCCAACGUGCGCUUCGGGAUCGUCGGACACCAAUCUUUUUUCCAGAGGCUUCUUCAGUGGACAGAACUCUUGGAUCCUACAAAUCUGGUUCUCUCAAUUGAAAAAAUAGAAAAAUCCCGACAGAUACUGUUGACAAAUGAGGACGCUUUCAGAUUUGACUCGGAGGACCCCAGGAUCAUGGAAGCUUGGAAGAGAAGUCUUUCUACAGUGCACCCGGACAACAGCAGACUCAUCCCUGUUCCCUUCAGGCCAGCAGCCUUCCUGCCCUUCACAGUGCCCAUGGUCUUUCUGUCACUGCUGCCAACAAAAACACUCAAGUCCAUGAUUCUGCCUCAGGUCUCCCUGUAUACCUACAGCACUGCCUUCACCAUGGUCAAUGGCAAUGCCAGCUAUAACCGUGGCCCGGUUGAAAGUCUGUUGCUGGGGGCCAGUGUCACUGCUUCUUCGACCUUCUUUGCCCUGGCCCCACGCUGGUUGUUGAAUGCCCCACUACAAAAUGUCCUGCUGAGGAAGUCCUUGCCUGUUUUCCUCAUGGCUCACAUCGGUGGACUCAAUGUGGUCGCAUCCCGCAGCUUGGAGCCCAUUCGAGGAAUUGAGGUCAUGGACGGAAACGGCAACAUCAUAGGGUACUCCCGGAAGGCGGGGACCAAGGCUGUGAAGGACACGGCCAUGUCCAGGGUGCUACUCUUCGGGACCUCAGCACUCAUCCCUGAAGUCUUUUCCUUCUACCUGAAACGGUCGCAGUUCUUCAUGCGAUUCCCAUGGUCACUCUGGACCUUGAAGCUGUCCUGCACGGUGCUGGUGAUGGGGCUGAUGGUGCCAAUGUCCUUUAGCAUGUACCCACAGAUCGGACGGAUCCCCAGCAGCCUUCUGGAGGAGGAGAUCCAGGCAGCCACGGAGGAAACAGAGCUCUUCUACAACAGAGGGGUGUAGCCUCCUGGAGUGCUGCUCAGCUCCCCUAAAAUCUUCCUCACUCUGUGAAGUCUGCAGAGCACUGUCGGGUCUGUGGAGCUCCUGGAUCCGCGCCCACGGGACAUUUGCACCCUUCUGAGGCUGCUGCCCUGGAGCGAUCCAGCCUCUGUGGAAGGAGAGACUGUGUUCUCCC